AUGGAGACAGCGCCAGCCGCACUCCUCUUCGCCGAGGGUCUGCAUUAUUUCGCCGACUCGCGGAACCGCUCCCUCUUUGAAAUCUUCCCCACCUUUCGUUGGGUGUUUCCCCAGGCUCCCCUCUCCGUGCCCAGCGGGUUCCCCAACGAUCGGAUGCACCAAUGGUUUGACGUGUGGAACAUUCGGGAUUUCAGCGAGCAGGAGGACCUGCAGAGCCCCGGCCUCAAAAAGAGCGUCGACUCGCCAGGGGGCGCCACGAGCAUACAUACCCUGCUCAACCUGAAAGCGUCGUCCAUGCGCACGGGUACCCCGGACGGCGGAGAGGCCGCCGAGGCCGGCCGAAUCCGGCCGAGCUUGGGCGCGGUGAUUGGUAUUUCGUGUCGUUUGCCGUUUCCGAGACCGACGCUCGCGGAGACGAGACGCACGCUGGGCGCAGAGGGCGAUGACGACGACGAGACCGAGGUUUUGAGGAACACGCCCGUGUUGCUCGAGCACUGCGCCGACGAUCGUACCGUCUUGGUGGAGGCGGGGCGGGCUCUCCGGGACAAGCUGGUCGAGUACGGGGGCCAGGUGACUUGGAAGGAAUACCCAGACGGGGGCCACUGGCUCAACUGGCCGGCUGGCGCAGACGACGUUGUCGAGUUUCUGCAGAAUGUGUUUGAUCUUGCCCGCUAG